CAAAGACAAGGACAAUGAACAAGAAAAAGGGCGACGAUGGCAUCCGGCAUUACAUUCAUCAUACUCUUCACUCGUUCUCUUCCCAUGAUGUACAAGGAAGACGAAAUGACUAUGCCGUCGUCUGGGAUUUUACAUUUCUAUAUCUCUGUCUUUUUCCAUUGAGCAGGGGCAGAUAAAGAUAAUGACGAUCUCGGGUCUACUAUCUCUCUCUCUCUCUCUCUGGCCUGUUCUUCGACACCGAAUCCUUUCACGAAAUAUACACAAAGGUGUUCCGGAAAUUUACUUAACUUACUUACCAUCGACAUCCUCCGAUAUCUCAUUCGAUAUUAAUGAGGAUGAAAAUGAGGAUGACUGGGCUUCUUGUGGCCCAAAGAUGGACUGGUCUUGGCCCCCUUAUGAUAUAUAUCUAAGAGUAAAAAGGCGCUCUUGAGCUAUCUAGUUAACGAUCUGUCACCGUCGCUAUCGCUACACACUAAUCACUCUACU